UCACCCGUCCCGAUAGCCGCUCCUGCCCCGGUGCGGCGCGACCGCGCGACCCUUCCCCUUCCCGCGCCGGCGUUUAUACUCCGGCUCCGCAAAAUCCCGACCAAAAACCCCUGCAAAACCCGCUCGCUUCGAAUCCGCCCAAAUGCUCCGCUCCUCCGCCGCGAUGCUUCCCUCGCCGUCCUCCUUCCGUUCCCUCCUCCGCCUCUCCCGCCGCACCACCAUCCGUCUACCAAACCCUCGCCUCCCUAGCCCCCCGCUCCUCGCCGACCUCCGCCUCUUCUCCUCCUCCGCUCCGUCCGGCGGCGACGGGUGGGCCAGCUACGACCCCUUCACCGACACCCUCGGCCCGCUAGCUUCGGCCUCCGCCGCCCCGAAUCCCGAUGCCCCCGCGGACUCCGGCGCCUGGCGCGUGUACGACUCCGUCGCGGGCCGUUUCGUCACGCAGACCCCUUCGUCCAACUCCGACCGGGAGGAAGUCGGGAAGGAGGAGAGCGUGGAGGAGAUCGUCAAGGGGAAGGCGAGACCGAGCGGCGGGAAGGGAGAGGGAAGGUGGGCGGCGGUGGCCGGGGCGAGGAGGGCCGGGGGGAAGGCGGCCAAGGCCAAGGUCUCGUACGUCUGCAGCAACUGCGGGGAAGGAUCCUCGCAGUGGUGGGGCGUGUGCUGCCACUGCAAGGCGGGGACCCUGACCAAGUACGUCGUUCCCCCGGAGCAUGAUUAUGCCCCCGAAGCCGAGGGGUCUCACCACGUGAUCCGGUCGUGGAUACCGCAGAAGAGCAAGGAGAUGGUGCCCCAGAGCCUCCGGGACGUCACCAAGGGGUUUGGCCAGGCGGAGUGGCGCAUACCGCUGCCAGGGAACUUUGGAAUGGAAAUCGCUCGGGUGCUUGGGGGUGGCAUCGUUCCUGGCUCCUUGGUUUUAGUGGGUGGGGAUCCAGGUGUUGGCAAGAGCUCAUUGAUGUUACAGCUUGCUUCUAUUGUAUCUGACGGCUCCGUAGACGAUGAAUCUUCUCCUGUUGUAUAUGUGUCUGGUGAGGAGAGCAUUGAGCAAAUUGGAAAUAGGGCUGACCGGAUGAGUAUCAGGUCUAAAAAUUUAUACCUAUAUUCUAGUACCGAUAUUGAGGAUAUCUUGGACAAAAUCCAGCCAUUAUCUCCAAGAGCUCUUAUUGUUGAUUCAAUUCAGACAGUUUAUCUAAGAGCCUUUGCUGGAAGUGCUGGGAAUCAAACACAGGUCAAGGAAUGCACAUCUGCCUUGUUAAGCUUUGCAAAACUGACAAAUAUCCCUGUUUUCUUGAUUGGACAUGUCACAAAAACUGGUGAUAUUGCUGGCCCUCGAAUUCUAGAGCACAUAGUGGAUGUUGUUUUAUACAUGGAGGGAGAGAGAUGCUUAUCUCAUCGACUGUUGAGGUCGGUGAAAAAUCGUUUCGGUUCAACGGAUGAGCUUGGUGUAUUUGAAAUGUCAGAAAAUGGUCUGCAAGCUGUUCUGAAUCCUAGCGAGAUGUUCUUAACUCAACAUGACUCUGAUUCUGAAAUACUAGCUGGGCUUGCUGUAGCUGUUGUUUUGGAUGGAUCCAGGGCCUUCGCUAUUGAAGUUCAGGCAUUGUGUGUUUCUGGUUCUCGUUCUGGACAAGUUGUUGGCAUACCGUCAAGCAGGGCUGAUGUGAUAAUAUCAGUUCUUAUGAAGCAGGCAGGUCUAAAACUUGAUGAUAGUACUAUUUUCCUGAAUGUGGUUAGUGGCUUCAAGUUGAAAGAAACUGCAGGAGAUCUGGCCAUAGCAGCUUCAAUUUGCAGCAGUUUCUUGGAAUUUCCUAUCCCAAAUGAUAUUGCAUUUAUUGGAGAGAUUGGUCUUGGUGGUGAACUUAGAACUGUGCCAAGAAUGGAUAAGCGAGUGAUAGCUAUCGCGAAGUUGGGAUACCGUAAGUGUGUCGUACCCAAGACUUCAGAGAAGCUGCUCAAGCCACUCAAUCUUGACAUCGAGAUCUUGCCCUGCAACAACCUGAAAGAGGUCAUAAACAUUGUGUUUAGGCCUGAAGUAUGAUGUGAGCCUUUCACAGGGUGCUUUUUUGCGGUUAGCUGACUGUAGGUGUAUUUCGUGUCUACGCCAUUUGAUAGCUCGGUUGGUGUUGCCAAUUUUACAUAUGAACGGGCCUGAACCAACCAGCCGUUUAUACUGCCCCUUUAGAUUGGAUCCGAAGGUUGACCACACUUUUGUUGUUUGUGCAUUGCUGGAGUCCUGAACCAACGUCUUUUGGUAUAUAUUUGUGCGUGAUCUUUGCUUAA